AUGCGGUCAUGNGCUGGCGUGCCCGAUGAACACGUACACUACUAUUGUGAUGAAGAAGCGGUGACAAGUACGAUUAAAGACGACCUGAAAUAUUAUGUUUCUCGAGCACAGGAGCAAGAUACAUUGUUUUUCUAUUAUUGCGGUCAUGGCUAUGGAAGUGAUGAUGAUGGUUACUUCUUUGCUACAUACGAUUGUAGUGAAAAUGUGAAAAUGCCGAUGAAGCGUGUAGUGGAUACAGUCUAUCGCCAUUUCCGAGGGAAAACUGCUAUAUUGAUGGCAGAUUGUUGUAAAUCUGGUUAUAUUUGUAAUUUGGUGAAUGAUUACAAUAAAAGUGAGGUGAACAAGCGUUUACGUGUUGCUGCAUUUGGCUCAGUCUACUACAAGAAAACAUCGACGGGCAACUGGACAUUCUCAAUUGCACUACUAGCAGCGUUAAAGGGUCAACCAUAUUUAGAAUUUGAUGAUGAUGGUACGGUGACACUGCAAGAAUUGGAGCGACAUAUUAUGUAUGAUAUGGCGUUGUUUGACAAGCAAUAUGCAUCAUCCUGUCUACCAAAUCAUAUGAGAAAUUGGAUUCUAACGUGUCCCGUGAAGCCUAGGAAACAUCCACGAAUUGGCGAACGCAUAUUGGUCGACUGGAAUGGUGUGGAUUAUAUGGCAAGAAUUGAAAAGUAUCGACCGGGUGAAUUUUAUGUUUGUUAUUUUAGUUAUGCUAGUAAUGAACGUAGUUGGAUUAGUGAAGAUGAAGCGAAACCAUUGGACAUUGUUCACUAUACACCAGGAACACGAUUAGAUAUUCUCAGUGACGAUGACGGGAAAUGGUAUCCGUGUCGAGUGUUAACAGGUUUCUGUGGCUUACAUUUAAUCAAGUUUGAUGAUUAUGACGAUACGUACAACGAAUGGGCAACACAAGAACAGUUGAGGUUUCGAUCAUAG